UAUCUUCGGCUCAAGUAUGGGCGUGAUCUAGGCUGUCAGACUAGUUUAGUUUGCUUGAUUCUCAGUCAGAAACAUCAAUUGCAAGAUGUAUUACAUCUUUAUAUUCGAAAUUGUGAAUCUUUGUCUGCACAUCCGUCAUGUGUGCUCGGUAAAGAGUUUGCAAAGUUGUCUCUCUAGCGCAACACUAAUUGAUUAGUCUGUACGAACUCCUUGAUUUUACUGUUUUUUCAUGCUUGUAUAAACUGAGGCAUCAAAAGAUAAGCUGAUAUUACCCCUGUUUCGGAUGCAUAUUUUUUAGUUUGUAAUCUUGUCAGUUUUUGAUAACUCCAUACAAGUUCUGUUUGUUCUUCCUACUUUUAUUGAGCUUUCCCUCUUACCUCUAUAUGCCAUUUGUUUAAGUUCUGGCUUCAGCAUCUCUUUGCCACUUCUGUUUCCUUAGUAGAUGUAGUUCUUAUCUUUUGCUGUAAUGAUCCUUCAAGUCGGGUCCUGAUUAAAAAGCUUUGCUGCUGGCAGAUACCGGGCAAUCACCAGUGCAUACUACAGAGGUGCAGUAGGUGCAUUGCUUGUCUAUGAUGUCACCCGGCAUGUUACUUUUGAAAAUGUGGAGAGGUGGUUGAAGGAGCUCAGGGAUCACACAGAUGCAAACAUUGUGAUCAUGCUUGUCGGGAACAAAGCGGAUCUGAGACACCUUCGUGCUGUUCAAACUGAGGACGCCAAGGCGUUUGCCGAGAGAGAGAACACAUUUUUCAUGGAGACAUCUGCACUGGAGUCCUUGAAUGUCGAGAAUGCAUUCACUGAGGUGCUGACUCAAAUUUACCGGGUUGUCAGCAGGAAGGCACUUGAUGUUGGGGAUGACCCAGCAGCCUUGCCCAAGGGACAGACCAUUAGUGUGGGAAAGGAUGAUGUAUCCGCCGUCAAGAAAGUUGGGUGCUGCUCGGCCUAAUAGUUUGAUAGUAAUGGAAAAAGGUGUUGCCGGUAUGAGUUUCUGAUUAAGAAUUUUGCAAUUUCUGGCUUUGGAGAGAGAACAUUGUUUCUGAAGUACAUACCAGAAUGUAUUCUCAGUUCUCACUCUCGUAUGUGGAAUGCUCGGAUGGCAAACUGUAGUUUGAUGGCUAGAAAAGGAAGUGAAGUUGUAGAGUCGUGAAGAGAAGCUUUAAGGGUUGAGAUCGUAGAGACUUUCACCUUUGGUUUGCAUUUCCCUUGUCGCCUGAAAUAUCCCUACCGGCCCUCUGUAUGGCCUUUUCAUUUGGAUAAUUUUCUCAUUUGAAGUGCUGUGAUUUGUAGUCAGUUUACGACGAUCCCUGUUCUUAAGCACACUUUGUUGGUGCAAUUUAGUAAGUAAGCGGAUUAAUUAUGUUCAAAUGGAAUCUGCCGUUUUUGUGUUAGAUCUUCUAAUAUCGGAGUCUAAAUAUCGAUUGCAAGGAAUUAACAGCACGUACGGACUUGUGCUCUUUCCGUUUCAGACGGCAGCUAAUUGUGAUUGGGUUUUAUGAGGAUGGAAUGAUGGAUCAUGGUAAUACCGUAACAAAUCCAUUAUGGAGUA